UUACUUUUUCUCUUUCCUUCCCUUUGAGGUAUUCCUUAUUUGAUACAAUCUACUGCUUUCAAUCUUACAUCUCUUUUCUAACACCUUUUUCGUUUUUGUCAUUACGUCACUGAAAAUAGACCUUACUUGUUUGUCUGCAUCAGCUUUCGAUAUUAUAUACAACUACAACCAAUAAAACUAUAUAAUGACUGCCGUUAGUUCUGUUGCCGACGUCGAUGCUUGGAUUGCACAACUCUCUGAUUGUAAACAAUUACCAGAAGCUGAAAUCAAAAAACUAUGUGAUAAGGCACGUGAAAUCCUCAUAGAAGAAUCCAAUGUCCAGCCAGUCAAAUGUCCUGUUACUGUUUGUGGUGAUAUUCACGGUCAAUUUCAUGACUUGCAAGAACUAUUCCGCAUUGGUGGUAAUUCACCCGAUACCAACUAUUUAUUCAUGGGUGAUUAUGUCGAUAGAGGAUAUUAUUCAGUAGAGACAGUGACCUUUCUAGUCGCUCUUAAAGUGAGAUACAAAGAUCGUGUGACGAUUCUUCGUGGUAACCAUGAAUCACGUCAAAUUACUCAAGUAUAUGGUUUCUACGACGAGUGUUUAAGAAAAUAUGGCAAUGCUAAUGUCUGGAAGAUGUUUACCGAUUUGUUUGACUAUCUACCUUUGACUGCACUGAUCGAAGAUCAAAUUUUUUGUUUACAUGGUGGUUUGUCUCCUUCUAUUGACACAUUGGAUCAAGUAAGAACGUUAGAUCGUGUACAAGAAGUUCCUCAUGAAGGCCCUAUGUGUGAUUUGUUAUGGUCAGAUCCAGAUGACAGAUGUGGUUGGGGUAUCUCUCCUCGUGGUGCUGGUUAUACAUUCGGUCAAGAUAUCGCAGAAACUUUCAAUCAUAAUAACGGCCUGACAUUAGUUGCAAGAGCACAUCAAUUGGUUAUGGAGGGCUAUAACUGGACUCAUGAUCGUAACGUAGUAACUAUCUUCAGUGCACCCAACUACUGUUAUCGUUGUGGUAAUCAAGCAGCCAUUAUGGAAAUUGAUGAACAUAUGAAAUAUACAUUCCUCCAGUUUGAUCCUGCCCCUAGACGUGGUGAACCACAUGUUACCAGACGCACUCCAGACUAUUUCUUGUAAAAAUUCCCCCCACACACAUCAUUCACAAAACAGUUUUUAUGACUUUUUCUCUUCUCGUCAAUUACGGACUUUCAAGACCUUCUUCCUCUCUAUUAUAAGGAGAUCAAUAUACUUAAUCAUUAAACAAAAUCACAUCUGAUACAAUAUCCUUUUUUGCUUCAUGCAACAACGUUAGUCCAAAACCGUUGCAUUAUUGAAGAAACUGGAGGACGAUUUAGUAGUAGUACAAUAUACAACAGCAGCAAAAUAUACACAAAAAAAAAAAAAAAAAAAAAAAAAAAAA